CGCUUCCCCUUCUGGAGGCGCGGCGCUGCGGGAGGGCUCGGCCCGCCCCGCUCCGGGCCCCGCCGCUCCAGGAACAAUGGCAGAGACAUUCCUUGUGGAGAGCCCCGAUGUCACGUACAGCAAGGACUUCAUCGAGGCCAAGUACACGUACAGCACCGUGCACGUCUGCAAGGAGAACGGCGUCACCAAGGUGAGGCCGUGCUCCACCCGCUUCACCUUCCGCACGGGGCGGCAGGUCCCCCGCCUGGGCCUGAUGCUGGUGGGCUGGGGAGGCAACAACGGCACCACGGUGACGGCGGCCGUGCUGGCCAACAGGCUGGGCCUGUCCUGGAUGACCAAGACGGGGCGCAAGAAAGCCAACUACUACGGCUCGCUGCUCCAAGCCUCCACCGUGUGCCUGGGCACCGGCCCCACCGGUGACGUCUACGUGCCUUUCCGGGACCUGCUGCCCAUGGUGCACCCCAACGACAUCGUCUUUGAUGGCUGGGACAUCUCCUCACUGAACCUGGCCGAGGCCAUGCGGCGGGCGGAGGUGCUGGACUGGCCUCUGCAGGAGCAGCUCUGGCCCCACAUGGAGAAGAUGAAGCCCCGGCCCUCCAUCUACAUCCCCGAGUUCAUCGCCGCCAACCAGGAGGAGAGGGCGGACAACGUGCUCCGCGGCUCCAAGGCCGAGCAGGUGGAGCAGAUCCGCAGGGACAUCCGGGACUUCAGGGAGAGCAGCGGGGUGGACAAAGUCAUCGUGCUGUGGACGGCCAACACGGAGCGCUUCUGCGACGUCGUGCCGGGGCUCAACGACACCGCCGACAACCUGCUGCGGGCCAUCGAGCGAGGCCUGGAGGUGUCCCCGUCCACGCUCUUCGCCGUGGCCAGCAUCCUGGAGGGCUGCGCCUACAUCAACGGGUCCCCCCAGAACACCUUCGUGCCGGGCGCGGUGGAGCUGGCCGCCCAGCGCCGCGUCUUCAUCUGCGGCGACGACUUCAAGUCGGGGCAGACCAAGCUCAAGUCGGUGCUGGUGGAUUUCCUGGUGGGCGCCGGGCUCAAGACCAAGUCCAUCGUGAGCUACAACCACCUGGGGAACAACGACGGGAAGAACCUCUCGGCCCCGCAGCAGUUCCGCUCCAAGGAGAUCUCCAAGAGCAACGUGGUGGAUGACACGGUGCAGGCCAACCCCGUCCUCUACGGACCGCACGACAAGCCCGACCACUGCGUGGUGAUCAAGUACGUGCCCUACGUGGGGGACAGCAAGCGCGCGCUGGACGAGUACACGUCGGAGAUCAUGAUGGGCGGCACCAACACCAUCGUCAUCCACAACACGUGCGAGGACUCGCUGCUGGCCAGCCCCAUCAUCCUGGACCUGGCCAUCCUGACGGAGCUGUGCCAGCGCAUCACCUUCUGCACCGAGGGCGACCCCGAGUUCCAGGGCUUCCACAGCGUCCUCUCCAUCGUCGCCUUCCUCUGCAAGGCCCCGCUGGUGCCCGAGGGCACCCCCGUCGUCAACGCCCUCUUCCGCCAGCGCAGCUGCAUCGAGAACAUCCUGAGGGCCUGCCUGGGGCUGCCCCCCCAGAACCACAUGCUGCUGGAGCACAAGAUGCAGCGGCCGGCGCUGAGCCCGAAGCGCGCCUGCCCGGCGGGGGCCGCCUGCCCCGUCACCCCCAAGAAGGCGGCGGCGCCCCCCCAGCUCAACGGCCACCCCUGCCCCGGCACCGCGCGGCCGGGACCCCCGUGUCCCCCCCUCCACAUCGACGGAGCCAACUAACACCCGGUGGGGACCCCCCCACACAAAGGGAUGCACAGCCCCCACCCCCAACCCCCCCCUCAACCCACCCCCCCCCAGGGUUGGGGGCUCUGCUGUAUGGGGCUGGGGGGGGGUUCUACCUGCCCCCCCUCCCCCCCCCCCCGGGUGCCUUUUUGUAUUUUAUAUGAGCUUUUUGGGGGGGGGGGGGGGGGGGUGGAUACAGGGUGGGGGCUGCGACCUGUGCCCCACCCCCCCCCCAGCAGCACCCGGUGCUGCCUGGCUCCCACGCCGACUCGAAACUGUGAAGCUUUGUACCCCCCCCCACCAAUAAACCCGCAGCGAGCCCCCCC